AUCAGCCCAAAUUACAGUUGAAAUAGCCCACUGUUUUUCUAACCCAAAAAAUAUGAAAAAAUAUCAGUGCUCUGGCAUUCAAGGAGAAAACCCGAAGUACUCUGUAAAUUAUUUUCUAUUUUUGUGAGAAAAGCCCGUCUACGGAAUCUGCCAUCACUGACCACUUGCCGGCGUCUGCCGGGAGACAUUGCGGCGUCUCUACUCUCACCUCCCAAUACCAUUUAUCACCCUAGAUAUGGCGACGAAAACAGGUGAUGGAGUCGAGGAGGAUGAAAAUGUAUUUCCUUCAAUUCCUGUACAUAUUGUGACUCAACCAGGGCAACUGCCUGUUGAAUUUUUGGAGCCUUCUCCUGAGAACCAGUUUGCUGUUGGUUUUGAUUGUGAGGGUGUUGACCUUUGCCGCAAUGGGACUCUUUGUAUUAUGCAGAUUGCCUUUCCAGAUGCAAUAUACUUGGUUGAUGCCAUUGAAGGCGGAGAGUCUCUGAUCUUAGCUUGUAAGCCUGCACUUGAAUCUAAUUACAUCAUCAAAGUCAUUCAUGACUGUAAACGAGAUAGUGAGGCAUUGUAUUUUCAAUUUGGUAUAAAGCUGCAAAAUGUCAUAGAUACACAGAUUGCAUAUGCUUUGAUCAAGGAGCAAGAAGGACAAGCAAGGAUUCCAGAUGACUACAUAUCAUUUGUUAGUCUCCUUGCUGACCCAUGUUAUUGUGGAAUCUCUUACGAUGAGAAAGAAGAAGUGCGAGUUCUUCUAAGGCAGGAUCCUAAGUUUUGGGAAUACAGACCACUCUCUGAAUUGAUGGUCCGUGCUGCUGCAGAUGAUGUUCGCUAUCUUCUUAGCAUACAUGAUAAGAUGAUCAAAAAGUUGAAGGAAAGGUCUUUAUGGCUCCUUUCCCUGCGUGGUGCACUUUAUUGCCGUUGUUUCUGCAUAACUGAUAAUGACUAUGCAGAUUGGCCUCCUCUUCCAUUGCCCCCAGAAAAUCUUAUUGCUGAUGGGUCGGAAGAAUGCUUGUCUGUUCUUGAUGUCCCUCCGGGUCAAAUGGGACGUAUCAUUGGACGAAAAGGAGCUUCUAUUCUCGCUAUAAAGGAAUCAUGCAAUGCCGAAAUACACAUGGGAGGUGAUAGGGGUCCUCCUGACAAGGUUUUCAUCAUUGGACCAGUGAGACAAGUGAAGAAAGCAGAAGCCAUUCUUAGGGGAAGGCUAUUAGGUCCCAACUGAACUUUUCAUGUUCUAGAUAGACAGCGCCCCUCCCUCGCUCCCUCACUCCCUACAUACAACAACAUCCAAGCCUUAACCCAAAAGCGUUUGGGGUCGGCUCCUCCCCUACAUAAAUAAUAUUAGUAUACUAAUAAUCAUAAUAACAAUUAUUUAGAGAGCACUCUUUGGCCAUCUCACAAUUUCCAACCCCUAGAUGUUGGCAAAUUAUUACCCGCACAAGUCACAUCUAAAUUGCACGGACACAUGGGAAGCAUUGGGAAACGGGAAAUGUGAAACCCAAUCUUUUAAUAGAAAAACAAGUAUCUCAGGAGUUUACUAAACAAAAUGUAUUCUUUCCCAAGAUUUUUUGUGCUUAUAGGAGUUGCUAGGGGGUAGGGUUUCUUUAAUAGGGUAGGCUAGAGUGCCGACGUCUUUUUGAAAUUAUGUACUUCGUUGUUUUUUUUGGUGAAUGUUUGGCACAAAAAUAAAGCAGAUUAAAUUGGGUUCUCAGAUGCCUAAAAUUUCUCUGAUUAAUGAAUGUUGUCU